ACGGCAGCACGAAGGAAAGCACAGCUGGGAAUUCUUGUCUGGAGUGAAACAGACUGGAGGUCUGUGGUGAAAUAAGGCGGUGGGAGGGGGGGUGACAGAGGAGCAAAGAGGUUAAAGCAGGGAUAACAUGAAGCGUAGGAUGGGAGGAGGAGAGAUGAUUUGCUGAGAUUAAGGAGGAGUGACAAUGGACUUUACUUCAUGAGGUGGAGCAAGAAGGAGACUUGGAAGAUGACAGAGGGAAGGGAUUCUUGUCUUGAAGCCUUCUUGGAAAAAAGGGAUGUCAAGGCAAGUCAGAUGCACUUACACACACUUUCACACAAACACCUGUAUAUCUACACUCAAAAUCUGCCUGCCAAUCUUCUCCCUUCUGCUACCGAGCGCGUGUUUAUGUCUUUACUCCACCCCCUUUGCACUCACUCUCAGUCUACUAACCUGUCAUUUGAUGAUUGCGUACAUACCUGCACAUACACACCCACACCGUACACAUACACUCCCUCUCUUUUCUCUCUCACACACAUAUACACAAACACUGUUGUCCUCAGAGCAGCAGGUCCCUGGAAGCAGCCAAACUGUCAGUGACUGUUGCAAACACAUGCUCGCUCUCAGCUCGGCUCUCUCUUCAGUUGUUGCCAAGGGAGGAGGAGGAGGAGGAGAAGUGAGGCUGGAAGGGACAGACUGAAACACAUAGAUAGAGAAGAGAAAGAGAGAGAGACAGAGAUUUGGACCAACCUCUGACUGCUCACCUCUCGCCUCUGCCUGGCUGGCUGUGUGAGAGAUUGGAGGCAGCCGACAAGUGAUGCCUCGCACUCUCUGAAGCAGCACAUAGUUGGGACCUUCUUCAGCGUUUUCCUCUCGCUGUUUCGAUGAUGAGGAGAGAUCGUCUCUUCUUAGUCGUGACCCUCACAGCCGUCUUCUCUGCUGACCUCUACUUCAUCCUCCUGCCCAAGCUGCAGAGUGUGGGGCAAGGAUCAGGGCACUUGUGCUCAUGUGGUCCCAAUAACCUCACCCUUCCCAGGCUUGAGGGUCUCGCCACCCCCGAGCUCUCGAACUGGACGUCUUUGCUGCCCCUGGACGAUACCACUUCUGAACCUGAGGAUGUGGGCUCAAAGCUGGGGAGGCUGUUUGCUCACCCUCUGUACAACAUCCUGACACCGGUGCUGGGGCCAGAAGAGAGGCUGCUGCAGGUGGAGCAGCUGAUGGAUUACUACAGGAGGAAGGUGUCACGCUGGGAAAGGCACAUGAAACUCUACAGUGUGGCAGCGGCUGUGUCCAACAUCACCGUGACUGAACACGAAGUGACCUUUGACCCCGAUGCCAGCUGGCUGAAGUUCCACCUUGGAAUAAAUCGCUAUGCUCUGUACUCCCGCGCUGACCCUGCUAUCCCCAAACUUAUCAGGGAGAUGCAGAGCAUGAUGGUCAUCAGCGCAGAUUACACUCAAGAUGAGAAGGCCCUAAAAGGAGCAUGUGAUUGUACACAAGUUGUGAAGCCCAGUGGACAUCACCUUAAACUGGCUCUGAAGAUGCAAAACUAUGCCAAAGCCAUGUUCAAACCCAUGAGGCAGGAGAGAGACGAGGAGACUCCAGAGGACUUCUUCUACUUUGUUGAUUUCCAGAGACACAAUGCAGAGAUUGCUGCGUUUCACCUGGACAGGAUCCUGGACUUUCGGAGGGUCCCGCCAGUGGCUGGCAGGCUAGUCAACGUCACGGCAGAAGUCCUCCAAGUAACCCACAACGAAGACCUACGAGCUGUCUUCUUCACCUCACCAGCGAACAACACAUGUUUCUUUGCUAAGUGCCUGUAUGUGUGUAAGACGGAGUAUGCGGUGUGUGGGAACCCAGACCUGCUGGAAGGUUCCCUGUCUGCCUACCUGCCCAGCCUCAGCAUCGCCCCCCGCAUCUCCAUCCCCAACCCCUGGAUACGCUCCUACACCUUCACCGGACGAGAAGAAUGGGAAGUGAACCCCUUCUUCUGUGACACCAUCAAGCAGCUGUAUCCCUACAACUCAGGCAACAGGCUUCUCAACAUCAUAGACAUGUCCAUAUUUGACUUCCUCACAGGCAACAUGGACAGACACCACUAUGAGAUUUUUACCAAAUUUGGGGAUGAAGGAUUCCUUCUCCACUUGGACAAUGCCAGAGGAUUUGGGAAGCACUCUAAAGAUGAGAUGUCCAUCCUGGCUCCGCUAUCUCAGUGCUGCAUGAUAAAACACUCCACACUGUUGCGGCUCCAGCUCCUGGCCCGACCGAAGUACAGGCUCAGCGAUGUGAUGAGGGAGUCCCUGGGUGGAGACCUUUUACAGCCCAUCCUCACGGAGCCCCACCUCUUAGCGCUGGACCGCAGAUUACAGAAGGUCCUGCGGGUGGUGCAGCGCUGUGUCCGGAGGCUGGGCGAGGACGAGGUGAUCACCAAGGACUUUGUCAAAUCCACAGCAAGACCUCAGGAUGUCACAGAGAUGGAAAAGGUCAGGUGACAGAAGAUGAAAGGGCCUCCGCUCCUCCUCGUACAAAGUAGUAAGACUUCAUGAGGAAGCGCAGUCACCUUGUGAGCAAGCAAGGCUCAGGUGGUUUCUAUUUAAGGAAGAAGCCAUAAAUGGAAGAGGGCGUGAAAUCUUCAAGAAGGGCUUGUCAGAGCAGAAAGGAAUCUCUUCGUGGAGACUGGAGAGAUUUCCUUUUGUUUCUCUCAUGGUCAUAAAUUCUCUAAAGGGUGCAUUUUAUGAUGGGGCUCUCACUUUUCAUGAGCACCUACACCAUCAGUUUGGGGCUGGGGUCAGACAUACAUACAGACAUACUCUUGUGUCAGACAUCUAAAUGAAGAUGUUUUAAAGAAUAAUUAAAGGCAGAUUUCAUCUGGAAAAUUAGGUGGUAGAGCAAAAACAAAGCAGUAACUUUAAAAGUGAAUAUUCCAUUGACAGAUGAAGAAAAUUCUUAAGUGAGAGCUGUGAUGCACUGGAUCAGUUAUUUAGCUAAGCAAUCCUGGUGAAUAAUGUGAUUAUGGAAGGAAAAUUUUUUGUGUCCAUGUCAUGUUAUAAUUAUAAAAUAAAGUUAUUUUAUGUGAUGGUACAGUGCAAGUUUUAAUUAGAAGCUAUCACCUGCAAGUAAGAGAAGUGUAAAGAAAGUGUGUGAGAGAAAAGUGCUACUUCUUAAACAGCUAUUUGGUUUACUCCACCCCGUUUUCCAGACUUGUAAUCCUUCUGUCUCAUCAGAGUGUUUAAACAGCUUUACGAUGUCACCGUCAACCAAAACAGGCAGAGAAAGACAAAUAACUAACCUAACGUAAUAAAUAAAUCUGUUAAUGUGC